AUGGACUACUCAAAGUGGGAUCACAUUGGGGCGUCGUCGGACUCGGACGACGACAGCGAGGAGUCAGGCGACGAGCGCGAGAGCUCUCCCGCCGGCGGCCGCAGGCAGCCUCCGGCCGCGGUCGGGGCGCCUUCGGACGCGACGGCGGCAGCGAGGCCCUCGCCGCCGGCCGCGGCGCAGGCGUCGGCGAGCGCGGUGCUGUCGCGGGUGACGCGAGUCGAGCGGCUCGCGGAGGAAGUGCUCGCUGAGCGGCGGCAGAUGGUCGAGCUGGACGCGCGGCGCCAGCACACGCGAGAGGCCAUGGCGAGUCUGCGGAGGACGAGGACGAUGGUGGAGAAAGACCAAGAGAGGCUCGAGGGCGAGAUCGCUGCGCUGCACCGCUCGGUGCAGCAGAAGACGUCCGAGCUCUGCGAGAUUGACCCGAGCAUUAGUGGCGGCUCGGACGUGCAUCGCUCCUUUUCGUCGUUGCACGGCCUGUCGCUCGAUCAAGUCGCGGAGGUGCUGCCGGAGACCACGCGAUAG